GAAAUGAAAAAACUUCUGUGUUUCGGGCAUGUGCCAAUCCAGCUCCGCUCAGGCACAAGAUGUUAAAGCUCCAUAUUCAUUCAGCAGAGGCCUCGAGGAGCUUGUUGAUAAGAGCCACCUGGGUAUUUGAUGAGAACCACUCGAAAUGGAAAUGUCAAGCAGCUCGGUCUUGUCAAUGGAACUCUCAUGCCCCCUAUCUGCUGCCAGUGGUAUUUCUUCCAAACCUCCCACAGAAAAUGAGGGGGUAUCCUCACAAGCUAUAUUACUAAAGGCUCUUACUAUUCCACUUUGUCAAUUGGCUCAUCAAGGGAGCAUUCAGCCAUCAUUCCAGUUGGCAACUGGUGGCCAAGGUUUACCAGUGGACAGUUCUAAUGUGUCUGUGAUAAUAAACCCACAUACACCAACUAUCAGCCAAACGUCCCCAGCCCCUACCAUCACACUGAAAAUUUUGAACACUUUACCAAUUCUAGAACCCAACAGCUCAACCAGUCUCACAGGAACCUCUCUAAACAAGUCAAAGAAUGUAGGGAAACACAUAUGUACACAUUGUGGGAGAGAUUGCCUGAAACCAAGUGUUCUGGAAAAGCACAUUCGAUCACAUACAGGAGAAAGGCCAUUUCCCUGUGUCACUUGUGGUAUUUCAUUUAAAACGCAGAGCAACCUGUACAAACACCGCAAGACACAGUCCCAUGUAAAUAAUUCCAAAAUGAGCUAUGAGUCCGACUAUGGUCAUUGUCAAGAUGAGAAAGCUGCUAAGCAGGUUGAAAAAUAUCCCUUAGGAUCCCAUACUAUAGGCAAAGAAAUACAAAACAAUACAGCAGACAGUAGGGUCACUAUGAAGGAGCACAUUAAUACACUAAUAUCAGGAAAUGAAACAACCAUUCCAGUCCAGACUUCUCAAAUGAACAGUGGAAAAAUACAAGAGGAGAGCAAACAAGAAUCAUUGGCAUUUGUCUUAUCAACUGCAUCAAACCAGAAAGGAAUGUUGAAGGAUCAAUGUUCUCCCACAUCCACUAAACAGAUUUACCUGCAAAGACAGCAGGAUUCCCUUGUGGAUAAACAAAUAGACAGCAGUCCCUCUGAGCGUAAACUGAACAAGUGUGAGAGCACGGAUUCUGGAUAUUUGUCCCAUUCAGACAGUGCCGACCUACAGAUGUUUACAGGUAGUCCUCUUCAUAGUCUGUCGGAGAGCAGCAUUGAAACUGAAAACCUUCUCGGCACAGGUACCAGCACCUCUGCUACAGAAUGUGAUAAAAUGGGGAAAAGGUCACUGGAGGAAUGGAUAUCCUUGCUAAUUUCACAAAAUGAAGCAGUGGUAGAUGAUACACACCUGGACAAUGUACGUCCAAGAAAGACAGCUUUGUCAAAACAAGGUAGUAUUGAUCUCCCGAUGCCUUACACUUUCAAAGACUCCUUUCACUUUGACAUCAAGUCUUUUGAUACAAACAGAAAGAAAGCAUCGUUAUGCUCAGCCAAGUCUAUCGUCACUCCACCCUACAAAAAUAAGCCUCUUUUUUUUCAUUCUGUUCCUACUCAGUUCUCCACAACUAUAGAGUGCACGAACUUGGCCCGCAGUAACUCUCUGCCAUUUGUAGAUGUAGAUUGCCAAAGGGUACCACCAGAUAAAUUCGAUGUUCUUAUCACCAGGCAUAGCUGCCACAAAAAGCAGCCUUCAGAUGCAAGCUUUGCCAAUCUCUUUCUCUCCAAUACAGCUGCGUCCUGUACUGUCGACCUUUGAAGCAGCCAUCCGCGAGGACUUGUUAGGCAAACAGCUGUAGAUGAGAUACCACAGCCCCAGCCUUGUGAUUCAGAAGAAAUAAAGAAUAAAAAGACGAAUGCUAGUGAUCGGUCAAAUUCUAAUAGUAAAUCCAUGAAUAAAAAAGGAUCUCAAAAGAAAGCAAAAAUGUUUUCUCAAGAAAAGUGGCAAAUGUAUGGAGAUGAAACUUUCAAAAAAUUUUACCAAAAAAUAAAGACAAAUGAGGGUAUGAGGAAACCAAAGCAAGUUGCAUCAGCACCAGAGGAAGUGUUCAACAAUGAAGAGAAUUUGCAGAAUUUUGCUCCCGCAGUGAAGUCUGGUGAGUGUCACACUUCACAACCAAGGAUUUCAACUUCAGGAUUGGCUGCCAACAAUUCAUAUUUAAGCUCCCAGGUCAAAUGUUCAUCAGGAAUCCCAUCAGGGGACACAACGGAAAAUCAGCUAUCCAGUAAAGAUAUCCAAAGUGCUCCAGAUCCCUCCAAAGAUGGUCCAAACUUAAUAAAAACUAGAAUGAAAUCCAUUACAUCUGCUCUACAUCUAAAUGUUUUUUGUGGCUUGGAAAAUGAUCCACUGAGAAACCAGCAAACUGAAACGUCAUCUUCUGACUUGGACCUGGUUUUAAGUAAGAUUAAUGAUGAAAUGGACAAGGUCGCCAGUGUUUCAAAGACAGAGGACAUUCCUAACUGUUUACAGUCUCCUUCAAAAAACAAAAAACCUAAAGUGGAAACUCAUAAAGAAAGGGCGACCACAAAAACAAACAAAUGGAUAAACAUAGAGACUCCCUCUCGUUCCAAAUACAAAAAUAAUGAUAAAUGCACAUUACCAUCAUUAACAGAAACGACUGAUGUUAAAAGAAAUGUUGAAGACAUUGAUAUGAAUAGGGGACCUGAAGCCAUAGAAGGACAGUUAUUCAAUAACAAUAUCUCAUCCUCUUCUACAUCUUCGCAAUUCAAGGAAGAACACACAAGUUCUGAUCACUCUGGGAAAGUAGGAACAAGCAUUCCAUGGAAACCUAUUUAUCAGUCUACUGAGCCAUUAUCCACACAGAAAGAAAAUGCCUUUUCUCCAAGUUAUCAAAUCAAAUUACACACUACUGUGCCACAAGUUGCCUCUUCCCUUGAAGAGAAGCUUGGUAAUGGAUAUGUUAUUUUUUUUGAAGAAAGAGAAAAACCAGCUGAUGUUUUGAGUUCCAUGCAGUUGAUGGAGAACAGAGACAACUCAUAUCUUGCAGAUGAUGACUCAGAGAAGGAUUCCCACAGCGGAGAAGCCACCAAGCUGACAAACAUAACCAUCUCAUUAACUGUUUCUACUCAAGGGAGUUGGAAUGAAGUACAUUCCUGUUCCUCUUCAGUGUUUAACCACUAUCCACAAGAUAAGAGGUGUAGUGUCCAGGGACAGGGGCAUCCUAUAUGCAAAUUGCAGAGGGGGGUGACCUCUGACUAUACUGUACCUGAGAGACCUUUCUACAGUGGUGGAUUUGUAAUCUCUUCUGAGCUUUCUUGCCCAGAUCAGAUACUGCAGUGUCUUAGAAUUGAAAGCGAUGAACAAAUGUCAACAUCACUGAAAACAACUGAAAAAAACUGUGCUCUGAAAGAAGAAAUGGUGUCAGAGAAUGGUGGCAACAUGUCAUUCAGUUUUAUUACCAACUCCUUCCAGGAUCAAAGCAGCAUGCUACAUUUUACUGACCCAACUGCCUUUAAGACCCCCUGGAACCCUCAGGCCAGUGCAGCAACUACUCAACAAUGUCCUGUAGUGAAAACAGCAGGUAUAUCUUUGGCCUUAGGGAAAUUCAACAUCCAAUCUACGAUGGUCACCUUUUCAUCUUUAAGCACCGAGGCAAAAUCUACGUGGUGCUGCCUGAAUAGAAUUGUCCCCCUUCCAGCAGUGCAAAAGACAUGUUCUUCAGUCUACUCCCCCUUACGUGAGACGUGUAAGGACAAGAAAUCAGGAUCUGUCCUAACUUCAUCCAUAGAUGUGAGGCAUAAUGUCAACAACAAUAUAGACUUUAAUAUAAACCUGGCUGGAAAUCCUGAACUUCAGGAUUUGUUCCUGUCUAUACCCUCAAGCAAUCAAAAGGAAACUUUGGAACUGGACAGCAGGAUAAAGGAGGAGGUUCAUAUAUCCCAGACCGGAGCCAAAAAGGACAAGAAGACACUGGCAAACAUAAGGCACAAGAAGAGGGGCAGCGCUAUUGCUCAGGGAAAACGGAGAGUUUUCGGAGCAACUAAGCUGCGGAGAAGCAGAAAUGUUCUUUCACAUCAAGUGACAAAGCAAAGCCUCUUGCACUACCAGAAGAAGUUCAGUUUUCCUUCUCAUUGGGACACAGUCGAAGGUUUUAAUAAGCUGAAGCCUUCCCGAAGAAAAACAACCAUAGGCAAAUGUGGAGAGCAGAGGGCAGAUUCAGAAGUUGUGAACCACUUUGAUGUGUACAAGCAGAAUAUGGAAGCAGAGGACCAUGGAACACCCAACUGGGAAAGGCUAAAAACAGAUAAUUCAGUAUCAAAUUUAAGGGCACUGCCUGCUGACAUCAAAUCAGUUACCAGUCUAAACAUGAACACAUGCUUGGCUGAACUAACGCUCCAUUCAACGAUUCCUCAAGAUAAAUGUUUAAAGCAGCAGAAGUCUUUGUUGUCUUCUACAGAGAGUUGUGAUGUUUUUAACCAGAAAGGUACUGUAGAUGGAACAUCCCACUUAGCUUUCCCAGGGAUAAAAAAGAACAAUAAACAGCAAAAUCUCAGAGAUGCUCUAUCACUAAACCCCACCCAGAAAGUGUUACAUAGUUCUAAAACCAUAGGAAGCAACUUGGAUGGUCAAGCUGAACAGUGUGAAUUGUCUCACAACAUUACUCCAAGAUUAUCACAUCAUGGUGGCUGUGGAACGUCAUUGUGUAACUCUCAUGAGCUCCAAGGUGUUAUCUCUCAGACCUCAGAAGGGACAACGUUAAUUAAAGAUUCUUUAGGUUCCAAAACCAUUUGGCUUAAAGAGGAACCUCUGUCCCAGAGUCUGACAAAUCUGGCCGUCUCCCAACCAAUGGUUUUUCAGGUCCAGAAAAAAUUCAGCCUUGAGGUGAUGAGGAAACAAACCCGUGUGGAUUACAGCUACUCAAGUAGCGACGAUGAAGAUAAGCUGGUUAUUGAUGUCCCACAAGUCAUGGCUUGAGGAAGUGGGCACCGGAAGACUGUCUGAUAUUUUUUUAUACCAGCAGACGAUAUACACCCCUGUAGAAUAUGAACCCAAUAAAAGAAGACUAUGUAUUAUUUUCCAGACAAUUCUCCAUUUACUGUACUUUAGCACAAUGGUUUCCUAUUUGUGGAGCUGGACCCCUGAGGGGAACAGAGCAGUAUAAGACAGACUGAUGCUUUUUUGCCUUAUGUAAACCUGCAACUAGGGAUGGGCGAAUUUUUUCACCUUGUUUUGCCGCGGAAAUGAUGCCC